UGUCGAUCGCUCUGGUAGGCUGUUGGCCAAUGAUCGCAGCUCAGUCACCUUCGUACGGUGUCACGUGGCGAGUCGCGUGGUGUUUCCGGUCCGUGUGUUACUACUGCUGCCUUCGUUCGGACCUCGCUGGCGGUGUUGAUUUGUCCUCCGUUCCGAUCAAUCUCUAAUACAGCUAGCAGAGUCAAUCUCAUCACUAUGUCGGGCAGUAAAGCUUUCGAUCCGAUGUCGUUCGCUCAGGAUUUCGUUGCUGGCGGUAUUGCUGCAGCAGUCUCAAAGACGGCGGUAGCUCCUAUCGAGCGAGUAAAGCUGCUUCUGCAGGUGCAGGCGGCUUCAAAGCAGAUCACGGCUGACAAGCAGUAUAAAGGCAUUAUCGAUACCUUUGUUCGUAUCCCGAGGGAGCAGGGCGUCACCGCGUACUGGAGAGGCAACUUCGCCAACGUGAUUCGUUACUUCCCCACCCAAGCACUUAACUUCGCCUUUAAGGACAAGUACAAGCAGAUCUUCCUUGGUGGAAUCGACAAGAAGGCGCAGUUCUGGCGGUAUUUCGCCGGUAAUUUGGCGUCGGGUGGUGCUGCCGGGGCCACCUCAUUGUGCUUCGUUUACCCCCUGGACUUCGCCCGGACACGACUUGGUGCUGAUAUCGGGAAAGUUGCCGGCGAACGUGAAUUCACUGGCCUCGUCGAUUGCCUAAAGAAGAUAACCAAGUCUGAUGGCAUUAUCGGACUGUACCGUGGAUUCAACGUGUCUGUUCAGGGUAUCAUCAUCUACCGCGCCGCCUAUUUCGGCUUCUUCGACACUGCUAAGGGAAUGUUGACCGACUCCAAGAAUACAAAUAUCAUUGUCUCCUGGGCGAUCGCCCAAAUUGUCACUACGGUCUCGGGUGUCAUAUCGUAUCCGUUCGACACUGUUCGUCGCCGUAUGAUGAUGCAGUCUGGGCGUAAAGGCGGUGAAAUCAUGUACAAGAAUACGGUGGACUGCUGGGUGAAGAUCGCAAAAAAUGAAGGUGGCAAAGCAUUCUUCAAAGGCGCGUUUUCUAAUGUUCUCCGUGGAACUGGCGGCGCUUUGGUGCUCGUACUUUACGAUGAAAUCAAAGCAUUAAUGUUCUAGGAAUCGCCGACACCACACAAUUCUAGUGGUGGUGGCAAAACAACAACCACAAGGGAAAUCUAAUGGCGUUGUCCAUUUCUAACAUGUGUUAUAAUUAGUUAUUAAUAUCAUAAUAUGAUGAAUGAAACGAGCUGAGAAGCUGACGUGAAACAUAGGCACACGAACGACCAAUACGUUCAAAUUAAGUCGUUAGGCUGUAGCAACACAAAAGUGGUAGAAUAAAUUACUAAAAAUGAACUUUUUUUUAUCAACAUUA